AUGGGAAAGAGCCAACCAUAUGUUGAUCUCAUGGUUUUCUCAUUCAGUUUCACAAGAUCUAGUUCCAAGUGUUCUUUUUGCUCCCACAACCCAACACGUUUGGGAGGAUUUUCAAGCACUUUUCGCUCAAGGUGUCAAUGCUGUGAAGGGGGUAAGAGGAAUGCACAUCAUAAUGAGGACCGUCUCAUGCAAUUUCUCAUGGGGCUCAAUGCAACUUAUAAUCCCAUUCAAGGCCAAAUACUGCUUCUGAAGCCCGUACCCGAUAUUCGGGAAGCUUAUAACAUGGUGACCCAGGACGACAAACAGCGAGAGAUUGGGAACAAUUCGCUUGCCGAAAAUUCCUCAGUUGCAGCGGCUGUGCGAUUUCAUAAAGGCUUCAAUCCAAACAACAAGUCCUCUAGUAACUCAUCAUUUUCGUCUUCUACUUCCAAUACUGAAGGAUUAUUUUGCAGAUAUUGCAAAAAGGAUACACAUGCUAUUAAAAGUUGCUAUAAGUUGCAUGGAUUUCCAGUCGGGCACCCACGACAUGAUCCCAACUUUAAACCAAAAUAUGAUCCCAAUUUUAAACCACCAAGCAACCGUCCGGGACAGCAACAUCAGCAAUAUGGUGCUCGAUCCAAUCCUGCUGCUACACAUGCCGCCUUUCCUAACGAUGCCAUGCUGACUCUCUCAGGGCUUUCUGCCGAGCAGUAUCAACAAUUGACCGCUGCCGUGGCAAAUGCGCCACACUUAUCCAAGGGUAAUAAUGAUGUUUAUGCAAAUGUCGCAGGACUUGGCUACGGGGAAGAUGAUUGGCUGGGGUAAGCAAAGUGGCGGCCUUUAUAUAUUACAUGUCGCCAGAUCGCACCUCGCCAACUGCUUGCCAUACUACCCAUCCCGAUUCUACCUG